AUGGACAAGUCUCCAUUCCCGUCCUUCUCAUGUCCUUCCCCGUCCUCCACCCUUCCCCACCGCCAGUCCGCGCAGCACGUGGAGUCGCUGCGGUCGGAAGUGGACGUGCUGCUGGCAGUGCGCGGGCUGCCGUGCGUGGUGCGCGUGGAGCAGGUGGUGGAGGAGCCGCACGCCGUGCACGUGGUGAUGGAGGCGUGCGGGCAGGGCGACCUCUUCGACUACAUCGCGCAUUCAACGGCAUGCCCGAGCCCCACGCCACCUGCCUCUUCAGGUACGGUCCAUAGCCGUCCGUCCUUUCCCGUUCUCUCUGCUCACCCACAAGGCUUCCAUCUUCCUGGCGCCGAGGCUCGUGGGAGGGUCGGCAGCUCGUACUACAUGGCUCCAGAGGUGGUUCGGGGCGGCAGGUACGGGCUGCCAGCAGACGUGUGGAGCCUCGGGGUCAUCCUCUACAUCAUGCUCUCAGGCUUCGUGCCCUUCUGGGGAGCCACGUCGCUGCAGACCUUCGAUGCCAUCUGCUCGGGCCGUCUCGACCUCUCCUCGCCCGUCUGCCUCGCCCUCUCGCCCGCCGCCAAGGCCCUCCUCCGCGCCAUGCUCUCCCUCGACCCGGCUGCCCGCCCCACGGCCCACCAAGUCCUCUCCCACCCCUGGCUAUCGGUAAACAAGACGGCUGUUGAGGCACCUCAAAAGUCACUCCUCGCCCAUCCGUGGGUGCCGGAACACGAGGUGGACUUUGAGACGCCGCAAAACCCCGUGAAGCCAGACCUGGGGAAGGGGUUGGUUGAGACAAGUCCUGGGAAGGGCGUGAGUGACAUGGGCCUGGGGAAGGGGUUGGUGGAUCGUGGCGGUGUGCUGGCGUUAGAUGGUAUGGGGGAUGAUUGUAUGGGGGAUAAUGGUGUGGAAGGUGAUGCUGCUGGGGUAUGGGGAUGUCAGGUGGCAGCAGAGAGAGAGCGGGUGGAAUGA